UUAGCCUCAGUCCGUGACGUGUAAUCCUGCAAAUGACCAUGCCCGACAUUCACAUUACUGACCCUGGCAUUGACAAUGCCGGAUGCAUCCACAGUCUAAAUGACGUAGUAACCAGAAGAAAGGAAUUUCGUAUAAAGCCUUUUGGGAGGUCAAGUGGGCCUGAAGCUGCUAUCAUCGGGGGUACCUUGUUGUCCGUGCUGGACAACCUGACCGAGCAGAACAGGAGAGAUGUAGCUAACAGCCUUGAGUAUGCCACCCACAUCGCCCUGCAAGAGACAACAGAGGACGAAGGUUUUGAGAGAUUCUGGGAUGAAUACACGAAUUGCCUCUUCAGUAUCGGAUGGGAAAAGAUCAGAGACGAGCAGUCGGAUCUCUCUUUGGAGGAUACAACAUCCGACAUUGGGACAUUCUGUGAUUAUGUCAUCGACAACAUUAGGAACGACCCACUCUACACCCAAGAGGAAAAGGAUCUUGUCAUCCACGGGCUCGACAUCAUCCGGAAUCAAUCAGGUCACAGGGAAUUCUUUCGCAGGUUCACGGUCCGUAAGAACCAUGGGUUAUUAGGGGUUAGCACUGCGUCGGUCGAAGACGGCGUCCUCAAACUGCGCUAUUCCGGGUUCAUGUUCAGUUGCAAUGUCGAAGUGGAAGAUUAUCUUAACACCAACAUCGCACAUAUCGAAUUCGUUGCCAGGAAAGGUACGUCCUACAUACCGUUGGAUGGAAAACGCAAUCGAUGCAGUGUUUUGAUUAGGAAUUGUUGAGGCUCGCGCGGACCAGGGAACCAUUGACCGGCUCAGGGCACAGAUCGAAGAGGAACUGGAACAAGCAUCUGGUGACUAUAUCGACAGGAUUGACAUCUAAGAGGUGAAAGGGGAUCAUACCAAUUAGGUGAUGUCCGAAUCAGAAAAUUUUGUCCGGCCGGCCCGCGGAGUUUCCCCGAAUUCAUGCGUGUCGGUGCUGCGUUGAAAAAUAGAUCGAAGACUUGG